CGUAACACUUGCGCACGUAAUACUUCGCCAUCUCGACGAAUCGUGAACGACAAAUGGGAGGAUUAAUUUCAGCGUCUUCGUCCGCAGUGUCUUGAGCAGCGUGAGCAAUUCCCGCGAGGUUGACAUUUAAUUUUUGUCGUCAACGCAAAGUUUUUUUGAUCUCGUUGACACUUGACAAACACGAAGGCACCAUUAGGAGGAAAAUGUCUAAGAUCGAGGAGGCGAACGAGCAUAUACGGCAGGCCGAGAAAGCUUUAAAGGCCACUUUUUUAAAGUGGCGACCUGAUUACGAAGUGGCAGCCGAGGAGUAUUCACACGCAGCUACAUGUUUUCGAAUAGCCAAGUCAUAUGUAAAGUGUAAAGAAUGUUUGAUGAAAGCAGCUGAUUGUCACAAACAGGGAAAAGCAUGGUUCCACGCAGCAAAAUGCAUCGAACAGGCUUUGCUCAUUUGCAAGGAAAUGGGAGACUUGUCGGAGGUGCCGAAAUUGGCUCACAAUGCGUGUAGUCUCUUUCAACAGCACGGUUCGCCUGAAUCGGGUGUGACGGCACUCGACAAAGCGGCCAAGAUGCUCGAAUCCACACAACCUCGGGAGGCUCUGGAGUUGUUCAGGCGUGCGGCUGACAUAGUGAUUGGCGAGGACAGUCCGCGGCACGCGGCGGAAUACGUAAGCAAAGCCGCGAGAUUGUUGGUGAAGCUGCAAAGGUACGACGAGGCUGCGGAUGCGAUACGUCGCGAGAUCGGACUGUAUCAGGAAAUUAAACUCUGGCCGUCAAUCGGACGACUCACUGUGGUGUUAGUGCUGGUGCAAUUGGCGCGGAGCGAUCAGGUGGCGGCCGAAAAAGCUUUCAAGGAAUGGGGAAAUUACUGCGAGCCUCCCGAGGUGCAAACGUUGGAAAUGCUCCUACAGGCUUAUGACAACGAGGACGCGGACGCGGCCCGAGCGGCUCUCAACAAUCCCUUUAUCAAGCACAUGGAUGUGGAGUACUCGAAACUUGCGCGAACCUUGCCUUUGCCGCAACAGGAAUACGCCGUUCCACCUGCCGGGGUGAGAGCCAACGCCGCGGAAUCUUACGUUUCUCCUAAUGUGUCCAAGUCCAAUGAACAAACUUCUGGUGAAACAGAAGCUGCUAAUCAUGAAAAACCCAAGGUCAACGAGUCCGCGGAAAAGAUGGUCGAAAAGAAGCCCGAAGUCGCGCCGGCGCCGGAACCGUCUCAAAAGGAGGAGGACAUGGACGAAUACGAGGGAGGUUUAUGUUAAAAUUGUCAUUAAAUGUAUAAAACCACAAAAAAAUAUUCUCUGUUGCUUAUAAAAUGUAAACUCCGACACUUGCACGUAUACCAAGUGUUUGCAAAUCAGCUUAAUCUAUUCGUUAGUGGCUUCGAUGAAAAAAAAAUUCUAAGAUUUAAUAUUUAAGAAAAAAGUAAAAAGGAAACUGGACUCUGUGGCCUGUUGUUAGGAAUAACGGAGUGACGUGGUUUUGUUUCACUUAUAUGUUUGAUGUAGAAAAACGCUUCGCGGGACCUCAGAAUCACGCCCGAGGUGUUUUUCUCGUUUAUCAUCGCGACUGAGAAGGAGAUAAUUUUGAGUUGCGACUCGAUUAUAUAUUCAAAUUCUACAUAGAAAACGCUAAGAUUAUUUUUAAGUUUUUACUCUUUGUUUUACGAUAUCGUGUAGGUAUUUAUUUUUAUUUUACAAUAUAUACAUGUAUAUAGUGUAUGUAUUUUUUUUUUUUUAUGUUGAGCAUUUACAUGUCUCGAUGCUUUUUUUUUUUUUUAUUCAAUUAGCUCGUGUACAUAUACAUACAUAUACAGAUUUUACUUGAAACAAAACAUUCCUUACGUGAAGUGAAGAUAAAAGAAAACUUAACUCCAGCAAUUUGUCAACACCCUAGCACAAUCGUUACAAACUGUUACAAGAGUUUAAGAAGACAAAAAAAAUGUUACAAGAAGAAAAUAUUUAUAUUUUAUUCUUCACCUAUUAUGAAACUGUUUUUCCUUAAUAAAAGAAAGAAAAAAAAGAAAACAUUCUUCUCAAAACGA